CUGAUAGAACAUAUGCCCUCCGUUUUCAUGAAGCACACGGGCUCCACACUCCGCCAACCGGCCAAAGCUACCUGGCCAAAUGCUACCUGACCUUUUGGCGCGGGCACGGGCAUCGUUGAGGGCGAUGCAGCCAAUCCAUUAAGCAAUGAGAAUAGUAUUGCUUUAGCACGUCUGCUGUCGGGGGCAUGCCGGGGAACAAAAGGUCGGCCGGAGGGCGCAUCUUCUUGGUUCUGCAAGAUGCCGAUUGAAGAGGUGUUCGCUAGCUGAACGUGGCGCCUUUCUACAUCAAACACACGUUGCAUUGACUCACAAACCUCUGAUAGCCUGCUGCGCGAGCGUUGUUGACUGCAACGUUACACUUGCGAAGACGCCUGCUUGUCCGACGGAGCGCCUCAGCCGCCGCAGCAGGCCGUUUUGCUAUUGCCACACAGUGCAUAAUUAGCCUACAUACCUGGGCAAAGCUGAAAAGCAGUCUUCUGCCAAGCCAACCUAGGAUUAUUCCAAUUAGUGAGCGCGGACCUAGACUUUUGGCUUUUGCUAGGCGUCACGCCGCUUUCUACGCCAACUGAGCAAUCGAUACUGCUUCAACCAGUCAAGUUUGCUCGCGGCCCGAACGCCUGCUCGACGGCGCAAUGCUCAGUUGACACAGCCAGCUACAGACCCAGCGGCGUCCCUGGCGGAUUUGCGUUAUUGUAGAAAACAUGGGUAACUGCAUAUCCCCUGUUAGCGCGCCUCUCUUUGAUGCCAUCAGCGACGGCAAAUGCGAGGAGGCGGUGGCGGCCCUGACUGAGUGCCCCGCGCUCGCGGCCAAGCGCGCGUUCCCCGGCAAGCGUACGCUGUACCACGUGUGCGCAGAGCAGGGCAGUUUAGAUGUGCUGCGCCGGUUAUGUGAGCACAUAUGGAAGACAGUACCGGACAACCACGGUUCUGUCUCAGACAGGCUGGCGUCUGCAGGCCCGGCCUUCCACCCCGCCAUCCAGGAAGUGGUGAAUCGCACGGACGAGUCGGGGCUGACGCCACUGAUGCUGGCGUGCAGCGAAGGCCACCCGCGCGUGGUCGAGUACCUGCUGUCUCAGGGCGCGGACGCGUGGGCGUGCGACCGGCUGAUGGGCCGCGCCGCGCUGCACUUUGCGGCGCGGGCCGACCACGGCGACUGCAUCGACGCACUGCUGUCCAGCCCCUACGUGCAGCUGGUGGGCAAGGCGCGCGGCCGCACCGAGUGCAAGCUGGUUGACUUCCCCUCGCACUGCGGCCUCACGCCGCUGCACUACGCCGGUGUGUGCGUGUCGUCACUGGACGCCGCGUCCGCCCUGCUGCGUCACGGCGCCGACCCCAACGCGCGCUGCUGGCAGGAGGGCAUCGACAACCUGCUGCAGAUGGAGCCGGGCUCCACGCCGCUGCACUCGGCCGCGAGGAACCACAACCUGCCCUUCGCCAUGCUGCUGCUCAAGUACUGGAACACGAACCUGCGGCACCUGGAGACCACCGACCCGAGGGUGGUCGGUAACCGCUCCGGCGUGCGCGCCUACGAGUUGCCGGGCGCGCGCGCCAGCAAAUCACUGCACCGCGUGCUGGACCCGGCGACGCCCAUCUCCGCCAUCUCGGACCCGUUCGGCGAGGGGGACGUCGCAGCAGGCGCCGCCGCCUCCGCCGCCAUCAAGGCGUCGGUUGACGGCGCCACGCUGCGGGUGGCACCGCACGUGGCCGCGCCACUCUCCAUGCGCAAGCAGCUGCUGCAGCAGCGGCGCGGGCAUCCGGGAAACGCGGGCGAGGCGCGGCCGAGCUCGGGUGACUCGGCCGCGUCUGGCGGGAGCAGGAGCAGCAGCGCCAGCGCGGGUGCCAAGCCGGGCAGCGCCGGCCACACCACGUCAAGCGGGCCGGGCUCCGCCGGAGCCAACCAGUCAGCCAAGGCCCCGGCAGCCAAGGCCCCCGCGCCUGCUGCCAGGCAGGGCCCAGCGGCAGUCGGCUCCACGCCCUCGUUCAAGGUGCCGUCGCUGCCGGACUGGCACGCCGGCACCGCCAAGGCACCCGAGCAGGCUGGCGCGGCUGGCGACGAGCAGGACAAUCAACAACAGCUCACAAUGCCGCCGGGCUGGGAGGACCUGUUGCCGCAGCAGGGCCAGGCCGCCACUGCCGUUGCAGGGGCUGCCGCCAACGCCGCACAUCCCAACGGGCCGGCUGGCCGGCGCCCCGAUUUCAUCAGCGUGUACCGCAGUGAAGAGCUGGACCACAGCGACGGCGGUGACCAGCAGCGCCUGGCGCGCACCACGGCUAAGCCGGGCUUGGGGCAGGAGGCGAGCUCGUCUCUGCGCGGGACGCCAUCUAAGAUGGCACUGGCGCCGCCCAACCCGGGCGCACUGCACAGCCCCACCGGCAACAGCAAGGGCGCCCGCGCGGCGCUGAGCCCGGCCCCGUCUCUGAAGAAGCUGGGAAGCAGCAAGCGCAUCAGCCCCUUCUCACCCGGCAGCAUCUUCCCGGAGGCGCCCCAGCAGCAUCAGUUGCAGAAACCGCCGCCGCUCCAGGCACAGUCGUCGGGGCUGCUGCGCCACGGGUCGCUCCCGACGCAGGCCGGUGCCGACCCCUCGGGCCUGAUGUUGACCGCACCGGAGCGGACGACCCCGACCCGUCACAGCCACUGCGGCGGUCCUCAAGCACACGGCGAGUCUGCUGCUGCGCCCAGCGGGCGCUGCCCCGCUUCCCCUGCCCGCGCCGCCGGUGCUCGCAUGAGCGACUCCGGCAAGCCGGGGCGCCAGAGCGGCCCGCUGCCGCGCCCCAGCAACCCGCACUGCAGCACCCGCAACAGCGACGACGCCGGGACGUUUGCUUUCAGCAACAUCAGCAACAGCACCGGCGGCGGGAGCAGCGCGGGCGCCGGCACCGCUGAUAGCAGCCGCGUGCCCUCGCCCGACCUCGAGCUCAUUCCACCGCCCAGCGCGGGGGAGACUGCGGCCUUCAGCAGCCCCGGCGGAGCCGCCGCCGCCAACUGCCGCACCUCGUCCGCGACGUCUAGCUACUCCGGCUCCUCUCCGCGGGCCGGCUCUGGGUCCGAUGCCCGGCGGCGCUCGAUGCACAUGCCGCCGCCGGCCCUGACGCUGUCACCGAGCGGCAAGGCCAGCGGCGACAUCCGCGCUAGCUACCCUGCUCCGGGUUCGGCCUCGCCCUCCGCGCUGGGCAAGAAGCUUGCGAAGAAUCUGUCCCGCAAGCUGUCUUAUGCGGCGGAGGCGGUGGUGAACAGCAUCAAGGCGGAGGAGCCCGGCGCCUGCGGCUGGCAGGUGGGCCGCGUCAGCGGCCAUGGCGGCCCGGGCGCAGCCUCGCCAGGUCUGCGGACCAGCUACAAUGGCGGCGGCAGCAUGGGCCUCCGUGCCAGCGCGUUGGCCUCGCCUUCCAAAUCGGUGCUCACUGCCUGGUCCGAGGCGCCCUUGGCGGCCGACGUGAGUGCCGGCGGCAGCAGUAACGCCGCACCCACCUCGGGCUUUGGCCGGUCGGAUUCGCUCAACCGCGCCGCCGCGACGGCGCUGUUCGCCGCCCCCGCCAGGAUGCAGUCGCGGUUGGAAACCGUGCCUGACUUCACGCGCGACAGCCACGCCGAGGACGCGGUGCCGGUGCCGAUUACCAUGUUUCCGCACCGGCACGAGGACCUGCAGCCCAUCGCGCGCGGCGACGCGGCCUUCGGCCGCGUCAGCACCAGCUACAGCGGCCAGGGGAGCGGGCCCGCCGCGCCGCCGCCGGCCAGCUUCGCCCGUAGCAGCAGCCAGAGCCGUGUUGCCAUGAGCAGCGUGAGGGCGCCGGCGGCGCCGCUGGAGCGCGAGCAGCUGCUCGUGCCCGCCGAUGACGCGGACGCCGCGGGCGGCGGCCUGGCGAAGCGCACCAGCCAUGCCGCACUCCGCCUGGCGCCGCCCUCCCCGGCGCCGCCGCCAGCAACAUCCCGCGGCGCGCGGCUUCGCGGGGCUAGUGACUUUGGUGGUGGCGGCAACGGACCCGCUGCUGCGCUGUCGCCCUCUCGCAAACCGUUGGUCAGCCCCGUGUGGUGAUCGGCAUUUGUGGUGUAUUAUUGGCACGUUUGCGCUGUCAAGCUAUACUUAUUAACGGGCUGGGUGUCAGCGGGUGGCAAACCUAGCGUGGUGAGUCAGGGCCCCAGAAAGGGAUGAAUCCUUUGUACUCGCAGUAAUGUGUGGGUGGCGUACCGUAUGGUCAGUAUUUUGUGGGGGCUCCAUGCGUACCUGCAUUUUCCAUUUGGAAACCCUUCUUCAAGACCAUCAACAAGCGCGUUACUCGAAGCAGCAUUGAAAGUAGGGGCGCUCUCACGUCGUGUGUACCUGUAUGCCCAUGUGCACGGGUAAAAGCGAGAGACCCCACGUAUCCCCGUUGAUCACUUCACAAGCAGACCAGAGCAUACAGAGACGCCAACAUGGGAGCUGAUGCCAAUAGGCUGUGUGUUUCCGUUGAUGUGUUGUUACGGGGAGGCAAAUGCCCCUCUCAUUGUAGUGCAACAAAGCGUGGCAUGUGUGGCGUGGCGUGAGGCAUGUGCACGCCUGGCAUGCGCGUCGUUCCGGCCUCGAGCUGACAUUGUGGAGAACAAAUUGAAACGCACAUGGAGCAUGCAAACUCCUGACAGGUGCAUGCCGGUCACACAGAGUGUUUUGGUCGUGUGGCUCUGGUGCGGCUGUGGCAUCGACGUGAUGCGGGUUGGGGCGCGCGUGCGAUGCGACAAGGAGGUGUGACAUUGAUGGCUUCUGGCUACACAGGUACUACGGACACUUAAAUGCGACCACUACCUUUAAUUGUUUGGGUUGCGAGAUGCGCUAGUGCACAGUUGCGGGCUUCCCGGCUACUUUGAGAACCUAGAAUGAGGCUGACCAAGCCCUACCACACCUGUGUGCGCUUCGAGGUUAUACACUGCGAUGACCUGUGGCUGGACCUCAACUGUGUUUUGUGAUCACCUCUUCAUCCGAGUGCUGUUGAAGAUUUCCCGGAGGCCGGGGUUCAGCUAGGACACGCAGGGGUUAGCAGAGCUUAGCAUAAGCGUGGAUUGACGCUCUGCAAUGAGAUUAGCGCCACCGGACGCAAGGGCCGCGCGCCCACGCCUAUAUCCCCUCGUCGGUGUGGGAGUGCUCGGCAACUGGUGGCGAUGGGCAGGGCCAUACAUUCUGAUGUGACAGUGUGAUGGUGGCGCCUUGGGUUGUGUCGCAGCAUUGCGGAGUUCCCCGGCACGCGCCAGAGACUGAACACCGCAGGGAACCACGUGGCUCAUGCCGGCAUAACAUUGCGCAGGAGGUGCGAGUUCAGAUUGUUGGUAUGUGCAUCAAACAAGAGGCCGUGAGAGGUGAGUGUAGGACUGAUGUCAGACCAUGAUUAGCACUGAGCGGGCCUUGUGCCCCGCAGCGUCCCUAACAAAGGAUGUCCCUUCCUGGUCUGUGACGGUUUGAAGGCGUAAAGCAGCCGCACACUGCUGACUGACUGGCGAGUUGACUGAUGUGCUAUUGCAUGCAUACAAAUAAACUUACGUAGCAGACUGCUCACGCAGAUUACAGACGUCACAACGCAGACGGUGUGUAACUGGGUUGCGUC